ACCUCUGUCUCGGGGCGUGGUCUGGAGGAGCAGGAAGCAGAGAGAGAGACAGGUGUGGGGGAGUGAGAGGGGGGUCACUGAGAGGAACUUCCAGCAGCUUAGUUUUUUUGUUUGUAGGGGGAGAAACAGAAUUGAUAUCUUCAGUCGCUGAUAUCUGUCUGUUUUUCUGCAGCUUCCGGUUUUAAUAAUUAUUUUUUACACUUUUUAAUUGGGUCUGCGGGUCGAAUAAUCGCGGUUCUGGUCUCUGGAGUAAAACAGGGUUACUGUAAUGGAGAGGCUGGUAAGGACAGGAGCUGUGCUGCUUCUCGGCUUUCUGCUCUCAGGCGUUCUGGCUGUUCAGGUGAGUGUUCCCUACCCAGAGAUGAAUACACUUCUUUUCGCCUCCGUCACACUACGCUGCGACUACUCAACUUCAGCAACCACUCAGAAUGUGAUGGUCACCUGGCGCUUCAAGUCCUUCUGUAAAGACCCCGUGCUGGAGUACUACUCUACAGCCUACCAAGCUGCUAUGCAGCUGGGUCAGGACCCCUCCAACGACUGUCCCGACCGCCAGCGCACAGUCAGGAUUGUGGCUCAGAAGCAAGGCACCAAUGCGGCCACGUUGGGUCCAGAAUACUCACAACGCAAAAUCGCCAUCCAGAACAAGGCAGACCUGGUGAUCUCGGAGGUGAUGUGGUGGGAUAACGGGGUCUAUUACUGCUCUAUCGACGCUGCUGGAGAUAUGACUGGUGGUGGAGACAAAUUUGUCAAACUGGUUGUCUACCACUGGCUGACUGUGCUCUUAAUUAUCAUUGGAGCUCUUUUACUCAUCAUCCUCUUUGGGGUCUGCUGCUGUCAGUGUUGUCCUCAGCGCUGCUGCUGUUACAUCCGCUGCCCGUGCUGCCCGCAGACCUGCUGCUGCCCUGAGAAAGCUGUGAUGCAGCACAGGAUGAUAAAAGACGCUCAGAAGGCCAUGAGCGCCUGGGCAAAUGGGCAGCAGAUCUACGCCCCCCUGAGUAACCACAGCUCCUCGUACCAGAUGAACCCCCUGCUGUACGGAGGUUCAGCAUCCGGAAAUAUGCCCUUAACCCCGAUGCCCCUCCCCCCUCCUCCUCAGCCCAUGAUGAUGCCGCCGCCCAGCAUUCACGGCAAUGGAAGUGUUCACGGCAGCGUGCACGGCACCAACCAAGUCCUGGACUUCCUGGAGGGCCAGGUGCGGGGCAUGGAUAUGGCCGGGCCCAUCAUCCAGCCCCAACCGCUCCUGCAGCACCUCCCCCCUCCCCCGCAGCACAUGCCCCAGAACGUCCCCUUCUCCGCCGGCCCUCCCAGCAUGCUCUCUGCACUGGGCGAAGGCCCCAAUGUACGCCGGCCCCAGGGAACACGCCCCCCUAGUGGCUCGUCGGGAUACGGCCGCCACUACCCCCCUCCAGCCGGACGCAACAUGACCCGAAGCUACAGUCAGGAAGACAUGUUGGAUAACCGGAGUCAUGCAGGAGGGCCGGGUUACCGCCCGCACUCCCGCUCCCGGGACGACCUGGUGGCGGAACCCCGACGCCCUGGACCGUCCAGAAAUGACCGGAACUACUCUCCCCAACACCGCCGGGGCUCCUGGGGCUCCGCCAGUGAUGAGGACAGCAGGAGGGGAGGAUCCAGAGGAGGGCGGGGCGGAGACUGGUCUGACCACCCGCCCAGCUACAGGGAGUACGAGCCGGGCCAGAAGCCGAUGAAGCGCCCCGAACGUUUCACUAGCUCUCGCAGCGGCACCAGCAUUGUAAUCUAAAGGCCCUCUCUGUACCGCCAUCUGGAGCUCAUCCGGCUACCUUUACACCAUCGCCAAGGACAGCACUGAACUGUGAUAUAAAGGUUUAUUUUAAUAUUUUUGAAGCUAUGCUUAGACUGGGCAUGCCCACCUGUGUUCUGGAACAACUACACCCCAAGUUCUGACAUUCAGAUUCUUUAGAAAAGCUUGAAUAAUGGACCAGGUGUGUUAGAUUAGGGUUGGAAAUAAACUCUGCAAGACGGUAGAUAGCCAAGGGCAGGGCUGGGCAUCUAUAAACCCCUUUUGUUUUAAUAUUCUGAGCCACACAUUUUAUUUUAUACCAGAGAAAUAGCCUGUGGAAAUGGUCAGUGUGUUUUUUAACAUAAAAUAUGUAUAGUUUUUGCAGUCUGGUUAUGUUGGCUCUGUUGGAUUUUAGUGCUUAUUCAGUAGGCAGUAAAUAAAAAUGCAUAAAAAUGAAGGUUCUAAAAUUUUAGCUUAAUGUUUAUAACUAGAGCUGGCUCAACUAAUUAGAGUACUCAAGAUUUUUUUGUUGUUUUUAUUUGUAUUUGUUGCUAUAUGUAGGAGGGGUUGGCGAUAUGGCCCUAAACUAAUAUCACAGGGUAUAAUAUUUCAGGCUACUUUUGCGAUAAUGAUAUUCUUGGCAAUAUACCAAAACACUGAUUUUCACUGAAAUUUUCACUGAAACACUGAAGUUCAUUUUAAAAAUAUACUACUGCAAAAACAAACAAAAUAGUUUUAAUUAUUAUAAAUAAAACAAAAAACUUUUUUUUUUUUUUUUUUUUUUUUACAUUAAGCAGAAACCAUAAAAAAAUCUAUAAACAAUUGUCUAUUUUUAAUAAACGGCAACUUUCCAAAUCAAUUAUUUACAUUAAAUCCAUACUAAAAUGUGUGUGUAUACACACUCAUUGCUAAAAGAAUAGCACCUAGAAGGAAUAACUUGACAGGAAUGAAUCUUGGUGGGUAGUUGUGCCAGACUCAUGUCAUGGAGUGACUCGGAUAGCCCAAUUUUAUGUUAAUGGAGUCCCGCAACCAUUGGCUCUAACUUUCAACAGGACAAUGCUCAUCCACAUACUGCUAGGAUGCUAUUGAAUGCACAAUUAAGCAUUGCAAACAGCACAGACACUUCCUUCUGGGUACAAUUCUUUUUACAAGUAUUUUGCUUAAAAAUGAGAUUCUAUGCAAUAUGACGACAAUUUUAUAAUUUUAUAAAUAUACUACUCAAAAAUAGUUUUAUUUAGUAUAAAUAUAACAGUUUCAUACAUUAAGUUAAAAACACAACAAAUUUAUAAACGUUUGACUAUUUUAUAAACAGUAACUCACCAAGAUCCUGAUUUUUGUAAUAAAAUAAUAUUAGUGUAGCUGUAUUAUUUUUAACAAAGAUAAAGUAAUUAAUUUAACAACAAAAAUCUAUCACAAAACUAAAAUGCAGCAUAUUUAGUGCAUGCAUAGAAACAGCAAACAACUGGAGUUUUAUUUUUUAUCGUGUCAGAAAUGUUUGUGAUAUUAUUGGAUAUGAUACAAUAUGGCACAUCCCUAAUAUGUAGUGCUCUGAAGAUUAAAAUGUAUCCUAAACCACAAUGCAUUUUAUCAACAAAAGCUUGUAGAUGAAAUUAUAAGAGAAUUGUUAUCUUAAUAAAUACAUUUAAAUAUUUUAUGAAAAAAAUCUCAGGAUGCAACAGAGGACUAUCAGGUGGAUCUGAUCUGAUGUAAUCUAAUCAGGGGCUUUUAUUUAACUUGUGUAGUCCAUUCAGCUUAAAUGCUCUCCUUGGGAAAAAAAGGAGAAUAAAUCAUACCAAAUACUCAUAAUUUAUGAUUUUUUUGUUUGUUUGUCAAAUGUCAAAUUAUUUUAAUUCUUAUGUUUUGCAUUGUUUUCUUUAGUCAAUUAGAUACAUUUUCAAUGGCACAUAUUUGUAUUUACUUGUAGUGCUGUUAAUGCAUUUUCCUAGUCUGACCUCUAUACUGACAUGACAAAAGUCAUGGCAUAGCAGUAUGUAAACUGUUUUACCUGUCAUAAUAUUAUUCUUGAAUUUGAAUUUAAAUUGAGAUUGUAAACAGGAAGCAGAAUUGCAGUUCGAAUUGAAAUACUCAAAUUGGAGAAAGUGGGGAUUGAAAUUCCAUAAAAUUCAAAGAAAAUCAUAAUACAUAAUAAAGGUAUUUUUAAUGGUAAAGAUUUAUAGUAUACAUUAAUUACAUAUGAUUACAACUUGAAUUUAUUACAGAUAUUAUUGUAUGGAACACAAAUUCAUAUUUAAACUCCAAAGCCUUUAGCCAACAUCUUUUGUAAAUACUUUAAAAUUCACUACAAUUAUUUGUUUAACUAGAAUGUUUAACUUGUCAUCUUGUGACUUCCAAAGUAAAUUGUCGGCUAACUUUCUUUAGGAUUAUAAAAAAUCUUGUAAUGGUUUGACAGCCCUAAUUUGUAAAAAAAAAAAUAACAGUAACUUAAAAUAGAAUUUCAGUAGAAGUUUUUUUUAGGCCCCACUUUAUAAAAUUACAGUCCACAUACAGUAUCUCUGAAAAGUGAGCACACGGCUCACAUUUCUGCAAAUAUUUUAUUGCAGAUUUUUUAUGUGGAACAACGCUAUAGAACUGAAAUUGAGAUUAGUUAGAGUAGUCAAUGUAGAGCAUGCAUAGCAGUAUAGAUUUACUGUAUUCUGAAAAUAACGCAACACGCAGCCAUUAAUUUCUAAAAUAAGUAUCAGCUUUGUCUGCAUGGCUGUCAUCUCAGAUGGAAGCCUCUUCUGAAGCUGACGCAUAAGAAUGCCUGCAAACAGUUUGCUGAACACAAGCAGUCAGGGAACAGUGGUUCCUGGAAUUGUAAUCUGUAACAUGAACAUGUUUGUUUCGAAUGCUGUCAAGCUUGUGUGUUGCUUUUUACCAGACGCCUAUUAAGAGAUUUUAGAGAAUUUGUACAGUGUAUAUAUUAAUGCUGAUCGUUUUCUGUUCAGUGGUGUUUAUAUAGAAUGAGAUCAGUCAUUUUUUUUUUUCUAAAGCUGUUUUGUUUACAUCAGUUUGUGUUGCUCGUAUAUUUAUUCAUUUAAUUUGCCUCAGGAGUGCUGGUUACCUUUCCCAUUGUUUUUGUGUGUUUUAACAGCUUUGAUUCAGUUUGUUUAUAAUCAAUAUUGAUAAACACUAAACUAUUAGAAUAUGUAAAUACAGUAUAUGUUUUAUCAUUAUUAUUUCAGAUUAUUGACCUUUGACAGGGCCACUGCCAGCAUCGGUUUCCUUCUGCAUCACAGGUUAACCUAAAUGGGUACAUUCUCAGGAAUGUUUUUUUUUAAACUUGUACGUGUAUAUAUAAAUAAUGAUUUUUGUAAAGCUGUUAAUUUGUAGUCUUCUACUUAUUUUUCUGUUUGGAAUGAAGGAAACUUUCUGUCUAAUUUUGCAAGCCUGACAAUAUGAGCCAAACACACAGAGAGAAGUAAACAACAUUUUAACUUUUGAAAAAGAAGGAUGAAACAAUGUACAAACAUGAGGUGAAGGGGAAUGUUUUUUUUUAUAUUUCAUAUUUUUAAGGAAAAAUCUGUAUUAAAAAUCAAAAAACGCAAUUAAAGUGCAAUAAAACAUUUGAAUUAAA